GUUGAGAGAGACACUCAAAACCCUAACGAGAGCCGUCUGGAAGCUAGCACGUACGCCACCGAAAUCAAUGGAGGACGAAGCGAAAGAAGUUGUGGUGAUCGAUAAAGAUCUGAAGAAGAAGAUAAAGACGACGGUGAAUAAGAUCUUGAAACGAUCUAGUCUGUAUCAGAUCACAGAGCUUAAGGCCCGAGAAGAAGCUUCCGCUGAGUUGGAUCUCGAUCUUUCCAAAGAACCGUACAAGCUCAUCGUGAGAGAGGCCGUGGAGAGCUUCAUCGAGAAAGCGAUAUUGACAAUCGAGAGUGAGAUGGGAAAGCACCAUGAUCAGAUUGUGCAAGACAUCGAAGGAGGAAGCGAGAAAUCAACUAAGAAAAAGAAGAAGAAGAACAAGACCAAGAAGGAAGACGAAGCUGCUUAGAUUCCGAUGUUUUCAUAUAUGGUUUGGUUUUAGUGUUUUUCGAACUUGUGUCUUUUGGUUGGGGGUUACCAAAAAAUAGAAUUUGUGUCUUUUGGUUUGAUUUCUAUUGUAACUCAACUCAGCUUUUUUUUUAAAAGCU